CCAGAAUGCAGCUAUCGAGCAAUGUGGGAUUUGGAGGAUCCAAAAAAUAUUGGCCGAGAAUCGCUGUGCGAUGUAAUAGCGGAUGCGCUUCAGAGACAGCGAUUCGAAGCUCUUGCGCCAUUGACAGUUGUUUUUGGCGGUGGCGAAUAUGCAGUUUUUCAGCUUUAAAAAUAAUGCUAAAAAUGAUAAGAUGGUAUCAUAUGCCCACAGUGCCCCUCUGCUCAGUUUGUUCCUGA